AUGGAUAGCACCACAGCUCCAAUGGAAGCCAACUCUAUUUGUGAUCACAAACCCUCUAGAGGUGGCUGGAAUGCUGCCAUCUUCAUCAUUUUUGUGGAGGUGGCAGAGAGGUUUGCGUUUUAUGGGUUGAGUGGGAACUUGAUAACUUACCUCACCAAUGUUCUGCAACAGCCAACACCCAUUGCUGCAAGAAACGUCAACAUUUGGGUUGGACUCUCCUUCAUGUUCCCUUUGCUUGGAGCCUUCAUUGCUGAUUCCUACCUUGGCCGCUUCAUCACCAUCAUCUUCUCUUCCAUCAUCUAUUUCCUGGGAAUGGUUUUGCUGACCCUAUCAGUGUCGGUGGUUCCAUUGCACGUUCGAGAGAUAGUCUUCUUCAUAGCGCUUUACAUAUUAGUGAUAGGAGAAUCAGGACACAAGCCUUGUGUUCAAACAUUUGCAGCAGAUCAGUUUGAUGAAAGAUCCCCACAAGAGAGAAUGGCCAAGAACUCUUUCUUCAAUUGGUGGUACCUAGGAAUUAACAUUGGUUCUGUAUCUGCAGUUUUGGUGGUUGUUUAUGUCCAGGACAAUGUUGGAUGGGCCACAGGGUUUGCAAUAUUAGCGACAGCUUUGGCUUUGGCCUUUGUAUUUUUUCUGGUCGGUAUAAAGAAGUACAGAAAACAAGGGCCAUUGGGAAGUCCUUUCACGGCGGCAGCUCAAGUGUUAGUAGCGGCGGUCCGAAAGAGGGGCGUCGAUGAGAGCCGCCAUGGAAAAGGAGUUUUCUUUGGAGAUACAAACAUGGAUGGAAAUAUAGAUGUGGAGACUCAAGCUAUAACUUCAUCUCGCACCCAGCGAUUUAGAUUUCUGGAGAAGGCAAUGAUAAUUGAUGAUAUUGAUGCAUCAAGCAACACCAGAAAUCCUUGGAGGCUAUGUUCAUUAAACCAAGUUGAAGAAAUGAAGCAAGUUCUUGGCCUCAUACCAGUAUGGCUAGCAUGCUUGUAUUUUAGUUUCGUCCAUGCUCAAAUGUCAACCUUCUUCACCAAACAAGGCAGUACAAUGAUGAGAUCCAUAGGAUCUAAUAAUAACUUCGUCAUCCCACCGGCAACACUCCAAUGUGUGGCCGGCUUCGUCGUCAUCACCUUCCUCCCUAUCUAUGAUAGAAUUCUUGUGCCUAUGAUAAGAAAAUUCACUGGCAAACCCACAGGUAUCACAAUACUCCAAAGACUAGGAAUUGGCUUAUUCUUUUCUGUUCUAACCAUGCUUGUGGCUGCCCUAGUAGAGUCCAAAAGGGUUAAAACAGCAAGCGAUCACAAUCUCUUGGACAGUCCAAAAGCAAUAAUACCAAUUAGGGUUUGGUGGUUAAUUCCUCAGUAUAUUUUGCUAGGGUUUGUGGAUGCUCUUUGUAUUGUAGGGACUCAACAUUUGUUCUAUGAUCAAAUGCCAGAGGCCAUGAGAAGCAUUGGGGCUGCAUUUCAUCUUGCAAAUGCUGGUGUUGCAAACUUUAUGAGUAGUGCUCUUAUAUCUAUUGUGGAAGGAGCGAGCAAAGGGAAAUGGCUUGGGAAUAAUUUGAAUAGGUCACAUUUGGAUUAUUACUAUUUUUUGCUUGCUGGGAUAGGGGUUUUGAAUUUGGGUGUUUAUGUGGUUGUUGCUAAGAGGUAUGUUUAUAAAAAUGUUGAAGGGAAUUAUGAAAAUAAGGAGGAAGAAAUGAGGAAUGGACAUCACAAUCAAAUUGUGUGA